AAAAUCUUGGCAGCUGAAAUAUCUAGGCACCACAUGGGUGAAUUUGGGCAAUCGCUUCCUAUAUGAUAGCUUGUCAAAUGUACCUGUGACUAUGAGGGACACUGGGGUAGCCUGUAAUGUCCUAGCAAGUGGUAAGGUGAGUGCUGCUGCUUCACUGCUUUGCUGGCCUUGUGAGUGGGUGCAGAUGUGUGCAAAAAUGACUGUGUCUGUGGCAAGUUUGGAAACCAGCAAGACAAGCAGAGAUUCCACUGCCAGGACUAACUCAAGAUAUUCUGUUGUUCUAGGGGGGGAAAUAAUCUUGCUGUCCCCUAUCAUGCCCCACUGCUUUGUUCUGCGUGGAGAUGAGAGGGAUAUUACUGCCCCUAGAGCGUCUUCUCUUGCUUCAUAGGUCAUCAAAGGGCUACUGUUGGGGAAAUCAUAUCAGUUGGUACACGUGUCGUCCUGAGGCCUCCAGUGUUUGUCAUAGUAGUUCAAGGUCCUCCCAAAUUCUGACCCUCCAGGCAGUCCCUGGUUUUGUCUGUAGGGUUGGCCUGGCCCAGUUCACUCCAGAGGAUGGACUUUGGUGUGCUCUGUUCUGCCUGCCUGUUGUCGCAUGGUUUGUACCAGAUUCUCCCUCUUAUUUUCCUCCACUUGCUCCAUCUUUUAGAUAAACUCUGUGUGCUUUUUCCCCUGUUCUUCCCAUCAUGAAACCCUGAAUCCAGGUGCAGUAUAAUCCAUGAAAGUUUAUGCCACAAUAAAUGUGUUGGUCUUUGUGGUACCAGAAAUAUUUUAUUCUCUUUGCUUCAACAAAUGUGGCUUCCUCUUUAGAUAUAGUUGCAGACUACUUCAUGGCCGUAUUUUUCUUCAAGGACUUGUUUUCAAAGCUGUCAGUUCCCCUUUUCGUGGGAAAAUACUGAAAUAGCUGGUGGCAGAAAAGAAGAAAGAACUGAGAACUGGGUCUUCGGCCAGGAGGCUUGUGGGUAUAAUGGUAAAAGAAAUUUGCUAGGGAAACAGAAAAUGAUCACAGGAAGCCCUGCUCACCAACCCCCAUCACCUGAUUCUUUACAGGAAUGAUUUUCAAGUUUUCACGAGUUUUUGUCCACAACCAUGAGGACUAGAAUCUCUUCCAUGGCAGUGCUGCUGAAGAGUUUGAAGAGGCUUUCUGAGUUGCCGAUGACAGUUGAUAUCCUUCUGGAGACUGGGGUGGGGAAGACAGUGAACGGUUUACGGAAACAUGAACAAGUUGGGGAGUUUGCCAGGAGCUUGGUGGCGAGGUGGAAGAAGCUGGUGCCUGUUCCGCAAGAAGCAGAGCGGCAUAACCUUGAACCUGAAGAGCGUAGUUAUGACCGAAACAUCUCUAGAAAGCGGCCACGAGAGUCGUCCCCCAAAGAGGAUGAAGAGGUUGAGCAAGGCUACUCAAAAGUGUACCAGCCUUCCUGCAGCCAGCCAUACGAGCCAGAGUAUGAAGCAAAAAAGGCCAAGAGAUAUUUGGAGCCCGAGAAAAGCCAUCAAACUGUGACUUACGGUGUUUCGGAGGGUAGGGCAUGGGGCAGAGAGUCCCCAGUGCUUUCCUCUGACCAGGAAUAUUCUGACUAUGGACAUGCUGUCUCACCUGAGCCUAGCGAGAGCCCUCAGGAACUGUACCUGGGCCACUGCAGAGCUGAGGAACAGGAGAGGGAGCAGAAAUCCCUGAACCGGAAGGCCAGUAAAGGCCAUGGCUUGCAGGACCGGCCGGAGGGUGGUCACAGUAGGAACCUCAGUGACCCCCAAGACAAAACCAGCUCAAGUCGGAGCAGAGAGCACAAGUCUUCUCACAAGGAGAAGCAACGGACAGAUCCCAAGGGGGAGGAGCGGGUUCCGGAUUUGACAGAGAGACCACAUAAGGGCUCUUCUAAGGAGCCCCUCAGAGAAGCUGCUUUGACAGGCGGCGGCACAGAAAGGCUGAAGGCCUGGAACAGCAGCAAGCGGGAAAAGAAACGGGAAGGCGGGGGCAGCGGUGUCAAGAAGGAGAGGCCUCACUUUGACCCAGAGGAGGCGCCUGAUGGCUUUGUGAAGAAGCAAAAGCUGCAGGAUCCGGAGCGACUCAAGCCAGAGAAGGUGAAGCUCAGCUCGGAGGUUUUGCUCGGAGAACGGGAGAAACGGAAGCCAGAAGUGGAUUCCUUUGGUAAGAGUAAGGAGAAGAAGGCUUCUGGCAGUGAAAGAACCCCGGAGGGCAAACCCAAAGCGUCAGAGUUAGGCAAAAGAGCAGCACCCUUUUCUCCUCCGAAACUUGGGGAGGCAGAGCUGGAGGAUGAGUACGAGCAGCCAGCAAUGUCCUUUGAGUCGUACCUGAGCUAUGACCAGCCUCAAAAGAAAAGGAAGAAAAUGGCAGCCAAGCCUGCAGCUUCUGUCCCGGAAAAAGACAAAGGGCACAGCAAGCAGAACGGCUCCAAGUCAAGCGCCAAAGGCUGUGACUCCAGCCGGAAGGCCCACAAGUCAGCAAGUGAGCGGAAGCAGCCGGGGUCCUCCAAACCAAAAAAGAGCUUCGUUGAUGUGGUGCCAACACUCCCAGACAUCCCCUUGCCCCCAAUCCAGGCCAACUACCGCCCACUUCCUUCACUUGAGUCGAUACUUCCCACACAGCCAAAGAGGAAAGCACUGUCCUCCCCCACCGAGGAAGACGAGGCCGGCUUCACGGGCCGCAGGCUGAAUUCCAAGAUGCAGGUGUACUCCGGCUCAAAGUCAGCCUAUCUUCCAAAGAUGAUGUCUCUGCAUGAACAGUGCAUCAGAGUCCUCAGCAAUAGCAUUGACUCAAUCUAUGAAGUGGGGGGUGUCCCUUACUCUGUACUGGAACCGGUCUUGGAGCGAUGUACCCCAGAGCAGCUGUACCGCAUUGAGGAGUGCAAUCAUGUUUUAAUUGAGGACACAGAUCAGUUGUGGCACAAUCACUGCAUCCGGGAUUUCAAGAAGGAGAAGCCAGAGGAGUUUGAGUCAUGGAGGGAGAUGUACUUGCGGCUGCAUGAUGCCCGGGAGCAGCGGCUGCUCAUGCUGACGGAGAAUAUCAGAUCGGCUCAUGCGAAUAAACCCAAAGGCAGAGUAGCUAAGAUGGCCUUUGUCAAUUCAGCAGCUAAGCCACCUCGGGAUGUGCGAAGAAGGCAAGAGAAAUUUGGAACUGGAGGAGCUGGAGUCCCAGAAAAGAUCAAGAUAAAACCAGUGUUCUUCACGCCAGCUAAAAGCAGCACCAUACACACAGAAGAAGAUCAGUCCUACGAUGGGCCAAGUACCAGCAGUGGCCACUCGGGUCCAUCCCUGGGCAGCAGCUCCUUAGCUAGUUAUGACCCCAGGAAGCCUCCUGUGAAGAAAAUUGCACCUAUGAUGGCAAAGACUAUUAAAGCAUUCAAAAACAGAUUUUCACGGAGAUAAAGGCACCCAUGAGUGAGCAAGCAAGGGAUUCAUCUCUCCUCUCUGAUGGAAGCAGUGCUUGGGGAAAAUGGGGAGGGGUUGGGGCGGUGAAGAAUCCUCUGAACUCAAGACCAACAGCACAGUAUUGUUCAAAUCUGCCCUCCAGUUUAUUCCUCUGCUCAUACAACCUGGUCUGUCUGCCCAGUGUUUUAAAAAUGUGAAAUAUCAGCUCUUGCUGAGAUGAGAAGGUGCAUAGACUGCAGCUCUUUCUUCAGCCCCUUUCUCUCUCUCUCUUUCUCCCUCCAAAUUCUGGAAUGGAAAGAAAUAUACCUCCUUCCUUUACUUGCAGUGUUCUUUAUUCAGGCCCCAUGUAAGGAUCCACAUCCAUUCUGUUGUCAAGUUUGGAGGAGUCUCUUUUUGCAGAAACGGUUACAAAGAAAGGCUUGGCUAUGGUUCUGGCUGCUGCUUUUGUUUGGAAUCCCAGGACCCAAGAACAUGCCAGAGGCUUGCCGAUCCUCCACUGGGUCAUCUCUCAAGUGUCGCUUUCUCAUCCGUCUGUUCUUAAAUACCCCAGCUUUCAAACUUUCCUUUUGCUCUUAAAGUCUUUACGUCAGAUAGACAUCAAUUUGGUCCUGCUACAUAUGGAAACUGGGACUUUCAGGUGGGAAUCUAGUUUCUCCCUUCCAUUCAUUUGGCCAAAACAACCAUUUACAAACACCUCCCACUUCUCAGUUUUAAAUGCAUAGGAAACAGCACAGAAUUUGAAGGGUGGCUGAGGGACUCAGGUGGAGAGGGAAGUGUAACUGCACAAAGCUAAAUUUUACAUACUCAUCUAAACUUUAAAUUAAUUUCUGUGACUGAAAGCUACAUUUAUUUUUUAAAUGAAUAGGAAAGUUUUGGGAUCCUCCCCUAGUUAAAAACAAGAAGCUUUAGAUUGAAGCCAACAAUUCCACUUUCAGUUCUGGUUGGAAAGUAUUUUCUGAUUUUUAAAACAACAACUGGCACUUUAAUUCCCCCAUUCCCUACGAAGAACUUCAGGGGUGACAUUAAUCAGUUUUUCAGUCUCUUUUUGGUUCUCUUUACAUCAAGCUUCUGGAUGGAAGAUGAUGAAACCUAGAAGUCUUGGAUGAUGCUUGCUCUUGGAAGGAGCUCCGGUCCAAAGAGGCAGAAUCCUUCUUGUUUUGCAACAGUGCCAUCUGCAACUAAGCUGAGGUUUAAAGCAGCCUUUUGCCACAGGAAGAGGCCAAGGGACAGCAUGCUGAAAGUCACCCCUGCCUCUUAUCGACAGGGGAAGAGUUUGAGGAAACUACAUUUCUUGGGCACUACUUGUUUUAGUGCUGGAAGGGAUCCUCAGUGAAAAAUGCUACUUAUGCUGAAGGUGAUGAAGGGGGCUGUGGGUAUGUGUGGGGAAGGACAAAACUGGUUUUAGAAGGCUCAAUGGUGUGUUUUUCUUGGUGCCAAGGCUGAAUGACCUUUGACUAAGACAGCUUAUGGAGGAUUCUGACCUUUUCUGAAGAUCGUGGAAGGGGAAAAGGAAUUCUUCCAAGUGGCUUUUCAAUGCCAUCCUUAUAAACUCUAGCCAUUGGUAAUAGUGACAGUAGCUGGAAAGGCCGUGCUACCUUUUAAAAUAGAGAAUUCCUCAGUACAUGGGACUGGAGGGGACCUGGAAGUGUGUGCCAUGCAGGGUGUGAAAACCCUCUUGAUGUUCUUUGACUGAUCUAAUAAACAAUGUCCCUUGAAGAUCCAACUCUUUUUAUAUACAUAUAAGAAUUUUAAUUGAUGGUGUUUGAAAAUGGGGCUCUUGGUCUUUUUCACGUUGUUUGAAGUUGAUGAUAAAGUCCCCAGAAGCUUAAUGACAUCGUGUAGCAUUUCAAGGUGUGUUGUGUAUUGGAUUUUUAAAAAAUCAUGCUUUUGCUGUAUUUAAUUUUACUGUAUUGAUUUAGUUAAUUAUAUAGUACUCUUCUGCCAACUGUUGUACUUAGUGUAUUUUCUCCUUUUAUACUGGGGAUAAGUUGACCAGGAGGGGU